AUGUCAGUUUCGCGAUUAGCACAGUAUUGGUCAACGUUUUUGCCUAGGAAGAAGGCAAUACGAGAGCAACACACAUUGGGCACAGAAAUAGGGGAAAACAUGGUGGUCUUUAUCCCAGAGAUGCCAGAACCUGUAAACGCGGUCUCUUACUUGAAGCUUGGCCGAAAGCGGGAAGGGCCAGUGAUAUGUUCUA